CAUGAUCCUGGCGGAUGCAGAGCCCCAGGGCUGUGCACGAAACUGCAAUGAGGUGUGGUUAAUGAUCUCCAACCUUUGCCCACAUUGAUCCAUGGCCAAGUUCCUCCUAUUGAACCCUGGAGCUGGGCAAAGGUAGGAGAAGGUGGGUGUAGCCAUGCACUGCCUGCAGCUCAGGUGAGGGAAUUCUCUCUCUGUGGGGUUCCUUGUAGGGGAAAUCUUUGGGGGGUUACCUGCUCUGCCCCGCAGCCAGUGAGGAGCACUGGCACUGCCCAAGGCGGUGGUGGCUAUGCUCAUGGAACUCAUGUUUGACUGACCCCAUCCCCUCCUGCUCUGGUGGCUGUAACCCUCUGGGUCCCUCUCUUCUCCUACAGCUUCUGGCGUCAUAUUCUUCCCGUACUUCUUCCACAUCUCCUUUCCAGAUCUCCUUCCCCAUCUUUUCCAGCCUCCUACUCUAUCUCUGUCCACAAUCUUCUUCCCCCACCUCCUUCCCCUAUCUUCUUCUCUCAUUUCUUACUCAUUUUUUACCCAUCUUCUUUCACAUCUGCUCCAUCAUCUCCUUCUCAGUAUCCCUCCUCUCUCUCCCCAGUUCCUUUCCCCCUCCUCUUCUCCAGCACAGAUGCACUCCAUAUCGGGCUGCAACCACCCCACUUUCGCCCUCCCCUGGAGGACCCUCCUGCCUUAUCUCAUGGCUCUGCACCUCCUGCAUCUGGGAUCAGCCCAGCUCACGGUGGUGGCACCGAGCCUCCAUGUCACUGCCAUCGUGGGACAGGACGUCGUGCUGCGCUGCCACUUGUCCCCGUGCAAGGAUGCUGGGAGCUGGGACAUCAGAUGGAUCCAGCAACGGUCCUCUGGCCUUGUGCACCACUACCAAAAUGGAAUCGACCUGGAGCAGAUGGAGGAAUAUAAAGGGAGGACAGAACUGCUCAGAGAUAGUCUCUCUGAUGGAAUCCUGGAUCUGCGCAUCACUGCUGUGAGAUCCUCUGAUAGCGGCUCAUAUAUUUGCACUGUGGAAGAUGGUGACAAUUAUGCCGUGGUGGACCUGGAGGUGUCAGGUCAGCGGCUGGGGUGA